CUGAUGCUGGCGGGGGUGGAAAACAAUACGAAUUCAUUCCGUCAACGUUUCACUCCGCGAUGUAUUCCUCAAUGCACAUUUCCAUUUAAAAAUAAAGAGUACGGAACAAAAAAAGAUAACAAAUAGGAACAGCAAUAUUCUCCCUGGGGUAACAAUAGGUCUAGCACAUUCAAGUGUCAUCGUCUGCUUGUUGGUGGCUCACUCCUUGGACUGUAGUUUAAAGUUUAAAAGUAUUUACUACGGGAUAUUACGACCUAUUGAAUCAUCAGAAAAAUGCCGAUUGAUUUGUAUUACUUCCCCCCGAGUCCACCUGUUCGUGCAGUUAUACUACUGUCAAAAGCUUUGGGAAUUCAUCUGAAUUUAAAAGUCAUUGACGUAACCAAAGGCGAACAGCUGGAUCCUGAAUAUCUCAAGAUAAAUCCACAGCAUACGAUACCAACCAUUGACGACCAUGGAUUCAUUCUAUCGGAGAGCCGGGCAAUUAUGGCGUAUCUGGUGAAUAAAUACGCGAAAAAUGAUUCCCUCUAUCCGAAGGAUCCCAAGGAAAAGGGAAUAGUCGAUGAGAGGCUUUACUUUGAUAUAUCUACCCUCUGGAUGAGGCUCUUUAAUGCUUAUGUUCCUGUCAUUUUUGGAAUGACUGAUGAAGUCACUGAAGAAAGCAUUCAGGGGAUUGAGAGGGCUUUUGAGAUAUUGAAUGCUUUUCUGGAGGGAAAUGAUUUUGUCGCAGGAGAUCAUCUGACCAUCGCUGAUUUUUCUAUUGCCAUCAGCACUCAUUUCGCUGAGAUGCUUGGAUUCGAUAUAGGGCGUUACGACAACGUUUCUGGAUGGUACGAGCGUUGCAAGGACUGCCUGGAAAAGUAUGGAUUUGAAGAAGUAAAUACUCCAGCCCUAGCACUUGGUGAAUGGUAUCGAGCGAAUCUCAAAGAGGAAUAUCGCAAAUAUCGAACACUUUCAUGCCACAAUUAUCUGACAAUGUUAAUUAUUUACAGAAUGACUAUUGAUCUGUAUUACGUACCCGGGAGUGCACCAUGCAGAGCUGUGAGGCUAGCGGCUGCUGCUGUUGGUGUCAAUUUGAAUCUCAAAUUAACGGAUUUGAUGGGUGGAGAACAUCUUAAACCUGAAUUUAUCAAGUUAAACCCUCAACACACGGUACCAACGAUAAAUGACAAUGGAUUCGUACUCUGGGAGAGUCGUGCCAUUAUGGGGUACCUGGUGGAUCAAUACGCCAAGAAUGACUCGAUCUACCCGAAGGAGGCAAAAGCCCGUGCUCUGGUCAAUCAGAGACUCUUCUUCGACCAGGGAACUCUUUACAGCGCAAUUGCCGAUUAUUAUUAUCCCCAAUUAUUUGCGGGCGCACCAGCGGAUCCAGUGAAACUCGAGAAAAUUACUGGUGCUCUGGGUCUCUUGGAAAAAUUACUCGAGGGCCAGACGUACGCAGCUGGCAAAAACCUGACAAUAGCUGACCUAUCGUUGAUCGCAACUGUAACAACGAUCGAGGCACUGUCUUACGAUCUGACACCAUUCAAGAACAUCAGCAAGUGGUCAGCUAAAAUUAAAGGUGAAGCACCGAAGUACCAGGAGGCCAAUGGCGAUGGGGUCAAGCAUUUCAAAGAGCUCGUUGAUAGACUCACUAAGAAAUGAGAGAAUCUUAUUAAUUACUUUCUCCGUUUUUUCAACUCUCGUCCACCAUUUUUUGUUUUUUUUUCCGGUGGAUUCUUUCAUUCAUCUUGUCUCGUUUAAUCCAUCAGAAUGAUGGAUCUCCGGAUUUUUCACGCGCACAAAUGAACUUUUGGGACAGUGAGUCCAUUACUGAAACUUUAUUACGUUGAGUAAUUAAUGUUUGAUUAAUAAAUACUGUAAUUAAAGAAA